GGUACCCCGGAAGUCAAUAAAUCUUAUGGCUGAUCCAAAUUGGGCAUAUGCACCCCCAACAAAUUAUUAUGCAGACCAUUCAAUAGCAAAGCCGAUUAUGAUAUCCGGCGGCCACCCAUCUCAAGAUCAGGGCCAUUCACCGAAGUCGGAAUCAUUCGGACAAUCAGUUACUACUGCUUUUAAUGGAAUGGUUGAUAAUCUUGUCGGUUCCCCAUCUUCGUCUGUUCAACAACGAAACUAUUUCACCACAACACCGUUCCCUAUAUCCCGAUCACCAAACGAUCGAAAUGACGACAAAAUCAUGGGCAAUGGAAGUUACGGUGUCCCGAUUCCAAUUCCACAAGACGGAGUGCCGCAGGGCACACCCGAUUUCCAAAUGACACCAUUCUUGCAACAAGGAGGCCAUUUAAUUGGUGGAAGUCCGAAUGGUCCUGUUCAGGUCUCGGGAAAUUGGUAUUCUGGAGGUGCUGGCAUAUUUUCAACAAUGCAACAGGCCGACCCGUCGAAUGGAAUGCCUGGCAUGGCAGCCGAAUUCGUGAACAAUGAGAACGGAAUGCCUGGGCCAAAUGGAAUGCACCAACAGGCAAUGAUUUCUGGAUCCCCUCCGUUUCCAUAUCAAAAUAUGAUGAAUUUAACGACGAGUUUUGGAGCUAUGGGACUUGGACCGCAACAAAUUCAGCAGAGGGAUCCCCAAAUGUUCCAACAACCCAUUCUUCAUGAACCAAUUCAAGGAAUGGCUCAAAACGGAUUUGGCCAGCAAGUCUUUUUCACUCAAAUGCAGAAUCAGCAACAUCCACAAGGACAAGCGCAACAACAACUGCAACAACUUGCCCAACAGCAUCAGCAGCAACAAAAUAGUCAGCAAUUCUUUGGGCAAGGACCCAAUGGAAUGGGUAACGGUGGAGUCAUGAAUGACUGGAGUCAACGGAGCUUUGGAAUGCCACAACAGCAAGCACAACAAAAUGGUCUUCCGCCCAACUUCUCCCAGAAUCCUCCACGACGACGUGGCCCAGAAGAUCCGAAUGGUCAAACCCCAAAAACUCUCCAAGAUAUCAAAAAUAACGUGAUUGAGUUUGCCAAGGAUCAGCAUGGCUCACGUUUCAUUCAGCAAAAGCUUGAGCGUGCUUCUCUUCGUGACAAAGCCGCCAUAUUCACACCAGUACUGGAGAACGCAGAGGAGCUCAUGACGGACGUUUUUGGAAACUACGUUAUCCAAAAAUUCUUCGAAUUUGGUAACAAUGAGCAGCGCAACCAGUUGGUUGGUACAAUUCGUGGAAAUGUGAUGAAGCUCGCGUUGCAAAUGUACGGCUGUCGAGUGAUUCAAAAAGCGUUGGAAUACGUUGAAGAAAAGUACCAGCACGAGAUUCUCGGCGAAAUGGAAGGACAAGUGUUGAAAUGUGUCAAGGAUCAGAACGGCAAUCACGUUAUUCAAAAAGUGAUAGAACGUGUUGAGCCGGAACGCCUUCAGUUUAUUAUUGACGCAUUCACGAAGAAUAAUAGUGACAAUGUCUAUACACUAUCCGUUCAUCCAUACGGUUGUCGUGUUAUUCAACGUGUUCUCGAAUAUUGCAAUGAAGAGCAGAAGCAGCCAGUGUUAGACGCUCUUCAGAUUCAUUUGAAACAACUUGUUCUUGAUCAAUACGGAAACUAUGUCAUCCAACAUGUCAUUGAACAUGGAAGUCCCAGCGACAAGGAACAAAUCGUGCAAGACGUGAUUUCGGAUGAUUUGCUCAAAUUCGCUCAACACAAAUUUGCUUCAAAUGUUAUUGAGAAAUGUCUCACGUUCGGAGGACAUGCAGAAAGAAACCUGAUAAUUGACAAAGUUUGUGGAGACCCGAAUGACCCAUCACCACCACUACUACAAAUGAUGAAGGAUCCAUUCGCCAACUACGUUGUCCAGAAGAUGCUUGACGUUGCCGAUCCACAACACCGAAAGAAGAUCACGCUGACUAUCAAGCCCCACAUUGCAACUCUGCGCAAGUACAACUUUGGAAAGCACAUCCUGCUGAAACUCGAGAAGUACUUUGCAAAGCAAGCGCCCGCCAACUCUUCCAACUCAUCUUCCAACGACCAAAUCUACGAGCACAGCCCGUUCGACAUCCCACUCGGAGCUGAUUUUAGUAAUCACCCGUUUUAACGGAAACUGGACGACGAUGGUACGAUAAACCAACUAAGACUGUCAUUUUGCUCAAACGACAACUGAAUCAAAUGUGAUAUAUUAAAAAAGGUUGAUGCUAAUUCACCUUAAACGGGAUUUUUUUUUAAUUUUUAACAAAUGCCUUUUAAUUCUUCAUUCGAAAAAGUUUAAUAUGCUAUGUAUGUGUAGUAUUUUUGGAUUUAAAAUCAAAGUGUUUUUUCCUAUAAUCAUUCAAUUGUAAACCGUUGUUGCUUUUUUCUUCUUUUACUUCUUUCUUCAUGUAAUCUAGAAUCCAUGGUAACCUUUUCUUCUUUUUCAUUUUUUUUUCUCCACGAGCAUAGAAAUAGUUGCGUAGGUUAGGCAUUUUGUGCUCGUUUUUUCUCCAAAUUUCUGCAAACAGCUCAUUCUCACGGAUUUCUUUUAAAUUGUUUUUUUCUAAUACUUUGCGCGCUAAAGCACAGUUUUCACUUUUCCAAUGUCACAUGCAGCCUUUCCUUCAUAAAUGCAGCCUUAUAUCGAGUACUCACUACAAAACCCGCCUUAUAUUUUCUGAGCAGUAACCUGGCCCUUACCUAAUCCUCACGUGUGAAUAUGUAAAUUUCAUCGUUUUUGAAAUCCCCCUGACCCCCUUUCAAAUUAACAAAAACCAAUGUUUUGUUCCCCCUCCCCUUUUUUCAUUUGCCCUGUGAGCAUUUCUUUGUAAACUUUCGUUACUUUUUUCCUUUUUGAUUUUUUUUUCUAGGCCAAUUUAUAUGUUUUUCUUUUCAAUUCCAGGAUUUGGGCUUUAUUGACCCAUUAAUCCAAAACCAAUACCAUCACAAUUUUCUGUAUGUUGAGUAUCGCUUGAAUUAUGUAUACAUAGCUGUAAAUCUCUUGUUACAAUGUCAUUUUUGUUCGAUAUUCAUAUUCAUGGAAAGGGAGGGUCUUACUUGCUCUUCGUUCUUUUUGUGUCGUUUUUUUGGUUCUGCUUUUUGUCCCCCUUUUCUCAUUGAUGCCCUAAUUCAUUUCGCUCCAGUAUCAGAGAUUAUGAACUUUAACGACUACUGUUUUCCUAUCUCUGCCAUUUUCAGCACAGCAUUUCCAAAAUGUUAUAAUGUAGUAUUUUUGUUAAUUAUGCAAGAUUUUCGAUUAUACCAUUUAAUGCGUUGAUCAUGGUUACCACGAAAAAUGAAAUGUUUUGGUUUU